GGGACUACGAGUGAAUAGAAUCCACUCCGAGCGCCGUAGGAUGACGUCAGUAGAAAGUGUCACCGGUUGAGUCUGUCAGAAGCAAGUAUGUCGCCGCCGACGCUGUUUAGCUUGCCGGAGGCGCGGUUGCGUUUCAUGAACUCUACUCGAGAUGCACUCAAAAACAAAACCAUUAAGCCUUUAUUGAACGCAUUCAGUCAGAUACCUGGAAGUGAAAAUGAAAAAAAGUUAACACUGGACCAAGCUUUCCGAGUUGCUCUAGAAGAAGAAAUUAUAAAUAAAGCUUCUUGUGAAAAUGUCCUGGCUAUCAUUUCACUUGUUAUUAAUGGGGUCAUAGAAGGUAUUUGUACAGCAUCAACUCCUUUUGUGCUCUUGGGAGAUGUUUUGGAUUGCCUUCCUUUGGAUCAGUGUGACAAAAUUUUCACCUUUGUGGAAAAAAAUGUUACUACGUGGAAAUCAAACACAUUUUACUCUGCGGGAAAGAAUUAUUUACUGAGAAUGUGCAAUGAUCUUUUAAGAAGACUGUCAAAAUCACAAAAUACAGUGUUUUGUGGAAGAAUUCAGCUCUUCUUGGCCAGGUUAUUCCCUCUUUCAGAAAAGUCAGGGCUUAACUUGCAAAGUCAAUUUAAUUUGGAAAAUAUCACAGUUUUUAAUACCAGUGAACAAGACAGCACCCUUGGACAGAAGCAUGCAGAGGAAAAAGAGGAAGGAAUGGAAGUAGAAGAAGGUGAAAUGGGAGAUGAUGAAGCUCCUACAAGUUGUUCCAUUCCAAUAGAUUAUAAUCUGUACAGAAAAUUUUGGUCACUUCAAGAUUACUUCAGAAAUCCUGUGCAGUGCUAUGAAAAGGUCUCCUGGAAAACAUUUCUUAAGUAUUCGGAAGAAGUAUUAACUGUCUUUGAGAGCUGCAAGUUGGAUGACACUCAGGCAUCAAGAAAAAAAUUAGAAGAGCUGAAAACUGGAGGAGAGCAUGUUUAUUUUGCAAAAUUUCUUACAAGUGAAAAGUUAAUGGAUUUACAGUUGAGUGACAGCAAUUUUCGCCGCCAUAUCCUAUUGCAGUAUUUAAUAUUAUUUCAGUACUUAAAAGGACAAGUAAAGUUUAAAAGUUCGAACUAUAUUCUGACUGAUGAACAGUCCCUGUGGAUUGAAGCUACCACAAAACUAGUUUACAAGCUUCUAUCAGAAAACCCACCUGAUGGAGAAAGAUUCUCCAAAAUGGUAGAGCAUAUAUUAAACACAGAAGAAAAUUGGAAUUCAUGGAAAAAUGAGGGCUGUCCAAGCUUUGUGAAAGAAAGACAGAGUGAUUCCAAGCCAGUGAGACCUUUUGUGCGAAAGAGACCAGCUCCUGAAGAUUUUCUAGGAAAAGGACCUAACAAAAAAAUUCUAAUGGGAAAUGAAGAAUUAACUCGCCUCUGGAAUUUAUGCCCUGAUAACAUGGAAGCGUGUAAAUCUGAGAGUCGAGAAUAUAUGCCAACAUUGGAAGAGUUUUUUGAAGAAGCUAUAGAACAGGCAGAUCCUGAAAACAUGGUUGAUAAAGAAUUUAAGGUUGUGAAUAAUUCUAACUAUGGCUGGAGAGCAUUAAGAUUAUUGGCAAGAAGAAGUCCUCACUUUUUUCAGCCAACCAAUCAACAGUUUAAAAGUUUACCGGAAUACCUUGAAAACAUGGUCAUUAAAUUAGCAAAAGAAUUACCUCCUCCUUCUGAAGAAAUUAAAACAGGCGAGGAUGAAGAUGAGGAAGAUAAUGAUGCUUUAUUAAAAGAAAACAAUGAAAGUCCAGAAGUUCAACGGGACAAGCUUGUAACAGGAGAACAAAUAGAAUUAUUUGCUAACAGACUUGGUGAAUAUUGGAAAAUCCUGGCUCCAUACUUGGAAAUGAAAGACUCUGAUAUAAGGCAGAUUGAAUUAGAUAGUGAAGAUCUGAAGAUGAGAGCUAAGCAGUUGCUUGUUACCUGGCAAGAUCAAGAAGGAAUCCACGCUACUAUGGAAAAUUUGAUUAUUGCAUUGAACAAAGCUGGGCUGAAUGACAUUUCUGAAAGCUUAACCAAUGACAGUGAAAAUAAUAGCUAAUUUGAAAAUAGCUUUUUAAUUAAAACAGUGGCCAUUGUUGCUGAAUGUAAUAUUUGAUAGGACGGUUUAAUUUGAUGAACAAUAAAUUCUCUUAAUAACAA